AUGGCCAACGGCAUCGGGACCCUUCAAAUGAAGAUCGACAUCCUACAGCACCGUAGCGUGUCGCCCUCUAGCGCCACAUUCAGCAACCCGCUGGCAACCAUCGCCGCUCCAUCAUUUGGCCCAUCUACUUCUGCGGGGCUAUCUAACGCGCCAGGCUUUUCCGACAAUCGGUCCAGCGCGGACCCCGCCGGCGGCGCUUACGAGAUCCUAAACAAGAAACUCACGAACGAUGGAAGCAAUCUGUUGACCAUAGCCACUUCCAAGACCAGCACCAAACACCGUCGCCCGUACCAAUGUCCCAGUGACUCAAGACGCGAACUCUACAGUCAAUCAAACCCUGCUGAAGCACCUGCGAGCCCACCUUUAAUCGGCUCAGCACCGUGA